AUGAAAGAUUAUUUUGUUCAGAAUGUAAAUGUUAAGAGUUAUAUGAGUGCUAUGUAAUUGAUAGAAUAGAGUUAAAAUGAGAGAAGAGAAUAAGUGUCUAAUGUUAUAAUGAUGAGUGUAUUAUAGAUUGAGAAAUUAGAAAAGAAUUUAAAUAUAUUAAAAUAAGGAGUAAUAUAAAGAUUAGAUAGAUUAAUAGAGAUAUGUGGAAGUUGGAUUAAGAAUUUAUAUUAAUUAAAAGAAUAAUCAAAAGUAUUUUAAGAUUUUGUUGAUGAAUUAGAUAGUUUAAUAAAUGAAACAAAAGUAGAAAUAAAUUUGAAACUGUUAAUAGAUUAAAUAAAUAAAAUAAAUAGAAAUUAAUAACAUAAAAUUAUUGAUAGAUUGGAAAGAUUUCCAGAUUUUGAAGAAAAGAAUGAUUGUAUUGAAUAAUUGAAAAACAUAGAUUAAUUAUAUAUGAUUAUAAAAGAAGAAAUUUAAAGUUCAGAUGAUAAUUAAAAUUAAGAUAGAGAUAAUUUAAAUUAAUAGAAAUAAGAUAAUAUUGAAUUUAAAUUAAUAGAUGAUUAAUAUAAAUAAAAAGAUGAUUGUUAAGUUAUAGUUUUUGAUAAAAGUGGAUCAAUUAUGAUAUCUAAUGAUAAUGAAAAGAUCAAAAUAUGGAAUUAUAAUUUAGGGAAAUUAAAAUUAUUAAAUACUUAUUAGAUACAUAAUAAUUAUAUUACAUGUUUAGUAUAUAGUAAAUAAACAAAUAGUUUUGUAUCUGGUUCAGAUGAUAAAACAAUAAUUUGUUGGAAAUAAAAGAAUUAAUAAGAAUAAUAAGAAUGGAUUUAUUCUAAUCCAUAUUAAUUACAUACUGGAUAUGUUAAUUGUUUAAUAUUAAAUUAAAAUGAAGAUCUACUAUUUUCAGGUGGAGCAGAUAAAUCAAUUAAAGUUUGGCAUUCAGAUUUUAAUAAUAAUUAAUUAAUUUAUCUAUAUUCACUUAAUGAACAUUCUAGAACUGUAUUAUCUUUAAGUCUUAAUUAAUCAGAAACUUUACUUGCUUCAUGUGGAUAUCAAGAAUUUAUUAUCUGGACUAAAUCUUUUAGAGAUAAAGAAAGAUAUGAAUAACUUAAAUAAACUGUUAAUAAUGGCUCAGAUUAAUCUCAAAUCCUUAAACAACAUUAAUUACCUUUAUCUGAUAAAUAAUAAUUUUAAAUCAGUAAAUAAAAAUAAUUAAUAUCUAAUGGAUGUAAAAUAUAAUUUAUUACUGAUCAAUUAUUCAUAUGGGUUACAGAUGAUAAAAAUACUAAUUAAAUCUUAGUAUUUGAAUAAUAAGAUGACAUUUUUAAAUAAUCUAAUGAUAAAACUAUUUAAUUAAUCAAUAAUCAAUAAUGUGAUGAUUAUUACUACUUUCCUAUUGUUUAUAAUUAAGAUAAACAAAUUAUACUUAUUAGACAUAAAUACCAUAUCUAUCUUAUUAAUAAAGAAAAUGAUGACAAAUUUAACAUCCUAGCAUCUAAGUAUUGUAGAACUAAAUAUAACUAUGGUGCAAUGACAAAUGAUGCUAAAUAUUUAGUAUUAUGGGAUAAAUACUUAAAGAAAUAUUUAUCUUAUGAAAUUAUUAUUAAAUUUAAAUAAUGA